GAUGGCGAUGUGCUCCGCCACCACUGGCCAAGCUGUCCAAGUCGGCGUGUCGCCUCCAUCGACAUAACUCAUUGGACUCCACUUCCCCCAAGAUGGCGGUGCGCUCCUCCCACAAGGAAAUACGUCAUCGCCGUUACAGCAGGUUGCUAGCAGCGUUAGCUUGUGAUCAGAAGACGGCGGUGUUUCGUUAUGACGACUGUGAGUUUUUUCGGAUAGAAAGGACGCCGCGUGGUUGGUGCUCGAACUUUCAGCAGUUUCCAAAGUGCCGUAAAGACAACGUGGCUGUGAUGAUCGGAGCUGCAGUGAAGGGGACGGCGGUGUUUGUGUGAGUUCCCGCGGAAGAUCGGAGCAGCUGCAGGAACCUAACCAUGUCUUCACUUCAGUCUCUGAGAGAACUGAUCAGGGAGCGACUUGCUGCUGCUGCCGAAGAAAUCUUCCGACUCUGUGAAGGAACCAUCGUCCAGUACGAGGAGGAGAUCCGUCAGCGCAGACUGCUGGAUGUCAUCUGGAAACCACAGCUUUGCCUUCAGCUGCACGAUAUAGACCUACCCCAACAUUUUCUGAAUAACCAGGAGAUAACAAUCCACACUUCACACUCUUGUGAGAAGCAGGACGAACCAGAACCGCAACAGGACAAGCAAGAGGAACAGAACUCUCCUGAAGUAAAAGUGGAGCAAGGAGAACUCUGCAUCAGUCAGGAUGAAGACCAGCUUGAUCUGAAACAGGAGGAACCAGAACCACAACAGGACAAGCAAAAGGAACAGAACUCGACUCAAAUUAAAGAGGAGCAAGAAGAACCCUGCAUCAGUCAGGAUGAAGAGCAGCUUGAUCUGACACAGAAGGCUGAUACCUUGAUAGAGAUUCCUACUUAUGAGGAAGAUGAGAACAGUGAAGCAGAUCUAAACAGUCAGCAGAACUUUAAUGUAACUGAUAGUCAGGAUGAAGAAGGGAGCCAACAUGUGUCAGAUAGUCAGUGUGACUCUAAUAUUAGAGAAAACUACAAGACAACUUUGGUUAAGAAACGUCUGCAAAGUCCAAAAGAAAAAAAAAAGUCUGGUAAAAGAAAAAGAAUUGCACAUCUUUCAGUCCACAGAGGAAUGGAGUCUAAUGAAAGACCAUAUGUUUGUAAAGAAUGUAGUAAAAGCUUUAAUCAAAAGUAUGUUCUCAAAAGACACAUGACAAUUCACACAGGAGAAAAGCCUUUUACUUGUAAAGAAUGUGAUAGAAGCUUUAAUCGGAAGUGUAAUCUCCAAAAACACCAACAAAUUCAUACAAAAGAAAAGCCUUUUUCCUGUAAAGAAUGUGGUAAAAGUUUUAAACUGAAGUCUGGUCUCAAAAAACACCAGAUAAUUCAUACAGGAGAAAAGCCUUUUUCUUGUAAACAAUGUGGUAGAAGCUUUACUGUGAAGCCUAGUCUCAAAACACACCUGAGAAUUCAUACAGGAGAAAAGCCUUUUUCUUGUAAAGACUGUGGUAGAAGCUUUAAUCAUAGGUCUAGUCUAAAAAAACACAUGAGAAUUCAUACAGGAGAAAAGCCUUUUUCUUGCGAAGUAUGUCAGAAAAGUUUUAAGCAAUCGUAUCAUUUAAAAACACACAUCAAAAGAAUUCAUGCUGGAGAUAAGCCGUUCUCUAUAAAAGAAUGUCAGUAGUUUUACAAUAAAACAGUCUAAACAGACACAUGAUAAACUCACACAGGAGAGAAGUAUUUUUUUUGUAAGGUCUCAAUAAGUAUUGUUUCAAAUGUACAGAGGUUUUUUUUUGUGAAAAACAGAAGUAGGUUAAGUCAAUUACUUAGUUUUUUUUAAACAAUAAAAGUGAUUUUCAGCUGUUUCUGAAGCCCUCAGUGGUGUAGUGGUUAUCACUGUCAUCUCAGUAAAAAUUUCAAGGUUCGAAUCCCAGCUGGAUUCUUUCUUUUUGGAGGUAGCUUCUUUUCUCCUUGUACUUGUAGGUUAAGACCCACUAGACAGUGCUCUGAACCUUUUUUCUUCAAUGAUUUGUGAUCUUCACUGGUGCCAAUGGAUUACAUGAAAUCUUUCCACCUUUAUCCACCUUUAUCUUGGUAGGGAGAACACGUCAAUGUAAGGGUGGGGUCAUCUAAGAUAGCACAAAGGACGCUGAACAGGUGAGUUGAUUAGAUUGAACUGCCCACGGGGAGGUGUAACCAGGUAAAUGCACUGCUCGAGUUGCUUGCCUGAAAUACUCCCAAGGUCGUUCAUGUCUGAUAACUACGUGUUAUUUUUAAGUUGACUGAACUCAAAAAAAUAAUUUAUCUUAACUGAAGCAAGUAAUUAAGUUAGUUCCGUGUAUAAAGUUUGUCUUUCCAACAUCCAUACGUGGUCUUAUCCCCCUUUCACGGUGGAAAAGUAUUAUCUGAGCAUCUUCAUCCACUAAUUCAUCUUUAAAUGGACACGCCAUGCUGCUUCACCUCUCUGUAAACAAACUAACCUUCAACUAAACCUGCUCCAGACCAGGUUAUGUUUACAGCAUGAGCUGCUAUGGCAACUAAGCAUACCCUGAAACAUACCUCUGUUUUUGGAACCUAAAGCUGAAGUUAUUCGCUUCCUUACUGUGGUAACUCACAUAACCUGCAUUUUUGGAAUACUCCCCAGGUGAUUCAUGAUCUGAAAAGCCUCUGGAAACAACAUGACCUAAGAAAACCACAUGAUCUCUGGCAAAAUGACACUUUCUAGAGUUCAGCUUCAACCCCGCAUACCUAAUUCUUGGUAACUGAGCAGUUGUCUGUCGUCUUCCUCAGCCACUUCUACAUGCCAGUAACCAAUAGAAAAAUCCAGCGUGCUGAACCACAUGGAACCAGACAAGGCAUCCAGGCUGCCAUCCACGUUUGCAGCAGGUGCAAGUCUUUGAUUGUGACGGGAUUCAAGCGACAGUAAUCUCUGCAAAAAUGCCAUGAAUGGAUUGUAGAAUCUUUGGCUAACACAUCUGCUUGAACUGCUUUCAUAGUGCCGAACAGCCGGCAUCAUUCUGAGCCACGCAGCAUCGAAACAGACUCUGAUGACGAAAGUGAACCUGGCUUGUUCACCUCAGAUUCAGUCCGGCUGUGCUGAAGUCGGUGUCUUCGCUAGCCAGCGCGUGUGAAAGGAGGAGGAAGGGAGACGCUCAGCGCAAGUCUGUGUGUGAGCAUUUAGCUUCAGUUAGGGAGAACAGUUAAAAAAAAAAAAAAGAGUUUCCUCUAAAAGAACGGAGACUGGUUCUUUUAU